UCCAGCCCCAAAUCUAAAUCCCACAUGCAUAUUGAGAUUAUUGUUUCUGCAUAAAACUCCCUAUUCUCCAGGCAUUGCUUGUCACUAGCAGUAGAAAAAUGUAUGUUUAAAGAAAGGAUUUUUACCCUAAAGGAUAAAGAAUCAGGUUUCUAUCUUUCUGAGGUUAUAAAACUAAAGGGAACAUCAUUUUAUUUUGUAUUAUUUAUUUUAUUUUCAAAAUCAGACAAACCUUACUAGAAAUUAGAGGAUCAUAAAGUGAUCUAAUUUGCCACAUCUCAAAAUAUUUCAAUUCUCUCUUAAUGUCUGCUGUCUUCAUCUCAAAAUACAAUAGUUCUAGAUUUAUUCUCAGUGGUUUCCCUGGCCUAGAAGUCAACUAUCUCUGGUUCUCCAUCCCCUUUUCCAUCAUUUAUACUAUGGUUCUCUCAGGGAACUGCCUGGUGCUGCAUGUGAUCCGGACUGAGCCAAGCCUGCACCAGCCCAUGUUCUACCUCCUGGCCAUGCUGGCCCUCACUGACCUGGGCAUGGGGCUGUCCACAGUGCACACGGUGCUGGGGAGCUUGUGGGGGUUUGUUCAAGACAUCAGCCUGGAUGCUUGCAUUGCCCAGUCCUAUUUUAUCCAUGGUUUGUCCUUUAUGGAGUCCUCUGUCCUCCUCGCUAUGGCUUUUGAUCGCUACAUUGCCAUUUGCCACCCAUUGCGCUACUCCUCCAUCCUAACUAAUGACAAAAUCAUGAAAAUUGGGGUGGCAAUCUUAUGUAGAAGUACUUUACUCAUACCUCCGGUCAUCAUUCGCCUAAAGUUCUUAAAUUAUUGCCGUCCUCAUAUCCUUUCUCACUCUUUCUGCCUGCACCAAGACUUAAUUCGGAUGGUCUGUUCAGAUAUUCGCUUCAAUAGCAUUUAUGGUUUGGCCCUGGUGAUCAGCAACCUGCUGUUGGAUGCAGUGCUCAUACUUGUCUCCUAUGUCAUGAUCUUGCAUGCAGUCCUAGCUAUUGCAUCUCAGGAGGAGAGAACCAAGUCCUUGCAGACCUGCGUAUCACACAUCUGUGCUGUUUCAGUUUUCUACAUCCCAAUCAUUGGUCUGACCAUGGUGCAUCGCUUUGGGAAGCAUCUCUCACCGUUGGUUCAUGUGUUCAUGGGCAACAUCUAUAUCCUUUUCCCUCCUUUGAUGAAUCCCAUUAUUUACAGCAUCAAGACCCAGCAAAUACGAAAGAGAAUCCAGAGACUGUUUUACUUGAAAGAAAUGUGUUGAGAUCAAAUGUGCAUGUAUUUAAAAGUCAACAA